AUUCGAUUCAAAUCUUAUCCGAUGCUAAGCGUACGCGCGCGUAUGUGCGCGACGGGAGCACGUUUGACAGCAUCUAACGGCGCUGCUGCGAGAAACACACACAAGAGCAACAAGAACACACACAAGGGUCACCGGGAGCCACACACUGCACCAUAGAGAUUUGAAUUGGCACGAGAGGAGACGGGUGCGGUGAAAAUCGUGCCCUUGCACAGUCAUGGCCUCGAAGCUCAAUCCAAACGUCCUUUACGUCCGGGAGCCGCGGGAGUCUCUCACUUCACCGGACGCUCAAGCCGAGCCGGGUGACGAAUCGUCGGACAGCGACGGGGAGCCCGAGGAGACCUCGCACAAACUCAUCCGAAAAGUGUCCACCUCCGGUCAGAUCCGGGCCAAGAAGAGUGUAAAAGAGGGACUUCUACUGAAACAGACCAGUUCUUUUCAGAGAUGGAAGAGGAGGUAUUUUAAACUGCGAGGGAGAACUCUCUACUAUGCCAAAGAUGCAAAGUCUCUCAUAUUUGAUGAGGUCGACCUCUCAGAUGCAAGUGUGGCGGAGACCAGCACCAAGAACAUCAACAACAGUUUUACAGUUAUCACUCCGUUCCGUAAGUUGAUGUUGUGUGCAGAGAGCCGGAAGGAGAUGGAGGACUGGAUCGGUGCUUUGAAAUCCGUGCAGAAAUGGGAAACUUACGAGGCCAGUCAGUUUAACAUGGAGCACUUUUCCGGGAUGCAUAACUGGUACGCCUGCUCGCACGCUCGCCCCACCUUCUGCAACGUCUGUCGAGAGGCUCUGCCCGGGGUCACUUCCCAUGGCCUUUCUUGUGAAGUAUGCAAGUUUAAAGCCCAUAAGCGCUGUGCUGUGCGAUCUACAAAUAACUGUAAGUGGACCACUCUGGCCUCCAUAGGAAAUGACAUCAUCGAGGAUGAGGAUGGAGUAUCUAUGCCUCACCAGUGGCUGGAGGGGAACCUGCCGGUCAGUGCUAAGUGUGUGGUGUGCGACAAAAAUUGCGGUAGCGUUCGUCGAUUACAGGACUGGCGCUGCCUCUGGUGCAAGGCCAUUGUGCAUAACAGCUGUAAGGAGCAAUUGGGCAAGGUUUGUCCUCUGGGUCAGUGUAAGGUCUCCAUAAUCCCACCCACUGCACUUAACAGCAUUGACUCUGAUGGCUUCUGGAAGGCCAUGUGUUCGUCGUGCAUGAGUCCUCUGCUGGUGCUGGUGAACAGUAAGAGUGGCGAUAAUCAGGGUGUUAAGUUCCUGCGGAGGUUUAAGCAGCUUCUGAACCCGGCGCAGGUCUUCGACCUCAUGAACGGCGGCCCACAGCUUGGGCUCCGUCUCUUCCAGAAGUUCGAGACCUUUCGUACACUUGUCUGUGGUGGUGAUGGGAGUGUGGGCUGGGUUUUGUCUGAGCUAGACAAACUUGGAAUACACAAACAGUGCCAGCUGGGUGUGUUGCCGUUGGGCACAGGAAAUGACCUGGCACGUGUGCUGGGCUGGGGAGGACUCUGUGAUGAUGACGCUCAGCUGCUGCAGAUCCUUGAGAAACUGGAGAGAGCAACAACCAAAAUGCUGGACAGAUGGAGUGUGAUGACCUAUGAAGUGCCCACCAAACAGACCCCAGUGAUCAUAAAGGAUGAGGAUCCAUCAGACUGCCCCCUACAGAUUACACAAUAUGCUGAUUCUGUUGCAACUCACUUGACCAAAAUUCUGGACUCUGACAAACACAGUGAUGUAAUAUCAUCUGCUAAGUUUCUGUGUGGGACGGUUAAUGAUUUUGUAGCUGAGGUCGGCAAAGCUUACGAGCGAGCCACAGAGAAUAAGGAGGAAGCGGAUGCUAUGGCAAAAAAGUGUGCCAUGCUGAAUGAAAAGCUGGAUUCUCUGGUAAAGGCUCUGAGUGAAGACGCAAAUGCCCAGCUGUUACCAUCCGGCUCCAUCUCACCAGAGGAGGUGGACACUGAUCAGUCCAGACCCUUCAGAUCAAGAGAGCAGUUGAUGCUGAGGGCCAACAGCCUGAAGAAAGCACUUAGACAAAUCAUAGACCAAGCUGAGAAAGUGGUGGAUGAGCAGAACAGACACACCCAGGUGCAGAGGAUGUCGUCCUCCUCAUCGUUUAAAAGAGGCAGCAGUGAGGAUAUCAAAGAGGCGGAGUCACGUCAAAACACACUGAGUCCAACCACCACAACCCAUAUUUUGCUGGACAAGUCAGACAGCUUCAACACUGUGCUUUUCUCUGAAGACUCUGUACAGUGCACCGAGAAGUGUGUAAUGAAUAAUUAUUUUGGCAUCGGGUUGGACGCUAAAAUAUCUCUAGAAUUUAACAACAAGAGAGAUGAACACCCAAAAAAGUGCAGCAGUCGCACUAAAAACAUGAUGUGGUACGGAGUGCUAGGAACCAAAGAACUGCUGCAAAAAACCUACAAAAACCUGGAGCAAAGAGUCAAGCUGGAGUGUGAUGGGGUGCCCAUGUCCCUGCCGAGUCUUCAGGGUCUUGCUGUUUUGAACAUCCCGAGCUAUGCAGGAGGAAUUAAUUUCUGGGGUGGCACCAAAGAGGACAAUAAUUUUGGGGCUCCAUCGUUUGAUGAUAAGAAGCUGGAGGUGGUGGCAGUGUUUGGCAGCAUGCAGAUGGCCAUGUCUCGAGUUAUCAACAUACAGCAUCACCGCAUUGCCCAGUGUCGGCAAGUGAAGAUUACCAUCCUGGGUGAUGAAGGUGUACCUGUGCAGGUGGACGGAGAGGCCUGGAUUCAGCCUCCUGGCAUGGUCCAAAUCAUUCACAAGAACCGAGCCCAAAUGCUCACCAGAGACCGGGCAUUCGAGAGCACUUUGAAAUCAUGGGAAGACAAACGUAAAGGUGACAGCAAUCCCCCACGCCCUCGACUGAACUCCCAGCAGUCUAUGGAGUAUCUGACAGAAGAAGAAUGCGCUCAGGUCCAACAGCUCGGCUUAGUGGCCGACACACUCAUCAACAGAAUUCGAGAGGUGGCUAGAAGUCAUAUGGUGGUGGAGCAAGAGUUGGCUCAUGCAGUAAAUGCCAGCGCUGCGGUUUUGAGCGAAGCGUUUCCCUCCAAACCCUCCAGCCCUGAGGGUUUAAGUCGCAGUACAGCCGUAGACAUCGUCAACAGCAGUAAAAUCCUUCAGCAGGAGACCAAGAUGCUGUUGGAAGGAAAACUGCUGCAGCUGGAGACUUGUCAAAAAGAGGAGCUUCUUUCGACGGUGGACAGUCUCGGCACAGAGUUACACAAGCUGGAGGAUAUUCACUGGAUCUGUCCCAGCAUGCACUGCUCUGAGGAGGAAUCAUCCCGAGUAAGCGGGAAAAGCAGUAUGAAGCUGAAAAUUAUGCCCAAGGGGAAGAAAGAAAAAGAGAGAUUACAUAAGCAGCGGUCGAGCAGCUCUCUCUCAGGAACCUGGGACAUCAAGGGCGGGGCAUGUGAUGUGGAUCCCGCAGGCAACUGAAGAUAAAGUUUGCCGCACAUCUGCCGUGAGGACACACUUGGCUACGGGAUGCUGCUUUAUGGCCGUUAGGGGGGGCGUGAGACCACCUGAGCAGACACACACCCCCAGUGUUUGUGAGCUUCUUUUGGAGGGGCGUGGCCCGGCACUGCAUUACUGUUGUGGUUAUGUUUCCGGUUUAUUUUCUACCUGCCAUUAGUUUGAUGAGGACACGAGAAACGUCAUCAGAGGGCAGGAGUGGACCACAACUCUUUCUCCUCUUUCUCUCAAUAAUGCAGUUCCCAAGCAUGACCAACCUUUCUCUUUUUUAUCCUUUCUUUUCUUAGUAUUCAAGCUGUCAGACACAAACUCAAAACUUUCUUUGCUCUCCAAAGAAAACUUAUGAAGACUUAUUUGUCUCGUCUUGUCGCCAUCUGAACAACAACAACAAAAGAACAAAAUCAAAUUGAAUCAAAGGAAAAUUGUAUUGACAAUGAAACCAAGGCAAAAAUGAAUAUCCUGAUGAAUGUAUGGUAGACCUGUAUUAUUCGUCAAAACGGCUGAAUAGAUAGAAAUCUGCAUUACGUAUCUCUCUCUCUGUAUAUCUCUAUGACCAUAUCUCUAUGGUUUCUGCAUGCCUUUCAUGCCCUUAUGCAGAAAAAAAGGUCUAUUUUUCUCAGCCAAGUCGUGAUGGUGUAUCACUAGUGUGUCAAUCGAGCCGUCGUUCUAGAAGCUUCAGUGCCGUAAAUCUUGUGCCAAGUCAGUAAAUGGAGCGCAGUGGUUUAAAGUGAGCUGUUUUACUUAUUUCUGCAGGGAAAUCUCGUGAAAGAAAGUGAUGCUGUAUGUCGUACAUUUCAAAAUGUAUUUUAUCUCGCCUUGCACUUUAAUAUGGAAAACAAAAAAACUUAAAGGUCAUGUGUGUUUGUUUUAUCAUAUGAAGAUGGAAUGAGGUAUGUUACAUAUAAUCAAACUUUAUGAAUGUUAUUCAAAUGUUGCCCCUUUUAAGGGUUGGGUUUUACUGUAAAAAGCACGGAGGUAAAGGAAAACUUGAACUUUUAUUUUGAAUAUAUUGCUAUAUGGUUCGCAAGCAGUAUUUAUCAAGGUACCAUUAAAGUCAAAAUAUACAAACUGGACAAGUUGUGAGCCAAAGUCUAGCAGUAUUGCUCUGUACAAACUAAACAUUGCAAAUGUUGUCUCGAUACAGAAGUGAUGGUGCUGAUUGUGCCCCUAAAUGAUGGACUGUAUUUAGUUUUUUUGCACGUCUUUGUUUAAAAGUUCCGUUUUAGUUUUUGAAAUCCCAUCACUUUAUCAUCUCCAUGUAUCAAGCCAUUGAGUGCGUUUAUCAGGUACAAGAGGAAGGCAAUUAUUUUAUGAACAGAAAAUGUAUUUUUGAAUUUUUAUUUGAACAGAAAAGGGAGAUUGACUCAUUUGUUCUUUUCAUUGUCGAGACUACUGUUUACUUUUGCAAUGUAUUAUUUAUCCUUUUAAUUUAAAAUAUUUUGCCAUAUUGGUGCGGUCGAGCUUCCGUGGCCUUGAGCCCUGACUCGGACUACACACACCUACUGCAGGAUUGUUGCUGUUGACUUGAAGCAAAAAUAAAGUGUGCUCAUUGCUGUUUGA